AUGGUGAAAGAAUUUGUCGACAACACGACACUACAUGGCAUUCGUUAUGCCUUUAUGGAACGCCAUUUUCUCGUUCGCUUUAUCUGGGCUGUGUUGUAUUGAUCUCUGGUGCCUACUACCUUUGCACAGUUCGAACAGCGUUCCAGAAAUACUACGACCGUCCAGUCAAUACCGUGUUGAAGCAUGAGCACGUUGACGAGAUGGACUUUCCAGCGGUUACGAUCUGCUCUCGCAACAUGUUUGACUUAAGCAAAUUACUCAUGACAGAUGACAACCCUGUAUUUAAGUCGAGCGGCUUAAAUAUCAGCUCUUGCGCUGUAACUGCAGGGGUUCGAGGUACUCUCCCAUGCGGAUUAGCUAUGCUUUGUUGCUGUUCACCACGCGCACUUGCAAACGUUGCCCCUGAAAUACCAAACUGCAAAGUCGUCAUAUCCCAGAUAUUGACUCUUUCUUUAGAUACUACGGUCAAGAUAUCAGUGAACUCCUUGGACCUGAGUGCUAUUAUGGCUGGAGUGAGACGGAUUGCUCUGAUAAAGAUUUCGUUUCCACGACAACCCAAUGGGGGAAGUGUUACACCUUUAACUCGGGUGCUUACGGCCGGAAGUUAACUGUAACCAGUAGUGGAGUAUCAUCUGGAUUGACAGUCAUUCUUGAUGCCCAGACAGAUGAAUAUAGUUAUGGGAAAUUCUCAGAAGGAUUCAAGGUUCUCGUUCAUGGACAAGGCGAGUAUAUCGAUGAAUUGGAAGGAAUCAACGUUGGACCAGGACAACAUGUUAUCAUAGCUUUAACAGAGAAAAGGGUAACAAAUAAUUAAAGAUAUAUACAAUCUUUUUUCGCAUUGAUUUGCAGAUCACUUUUGCAGAAGCUAAACUGAAUAUAUGCUUAUCCAUAUGCUUGUUGUUCCAAGGUGCUCACGAUGCUUUGUUAGAAGCCAGUUGUAGUGCUCAAAUGUUACCAUUUGUUAUUUUCUAGUGAAUGUUUUUUCCGCUUGUUUUGCUCUUUUUUUUUUCAGUACAAAAAUCUUGAAAAGCCAUAUGCUUCUAAUUGCUCCAUGAAAACAUUGAAAACAUUUUCCAUCUACACAAUAGAAGGCUGUCUUUAUGAAUGUGAAGCUCAAAACAUCAUAAAAUCAUGCAACUGCCGACCUUCAGAUUACAAAGGUACAUAAGCAUGUUACAGUUUCUAUUUAUUGCAUGAAACAGUCUUCCUCGUGUUUAUUAUAAUUGAUCAUCUACUGUAGGUAAUCACUUGGUUUGCUGGCAAUCCUGAUAAAUCACUACAUAGACUAAACUAUGGCCUUUUGUAGGCAAUCAAGGAUUUCCUGUUGGUUUUGUUUUUUUUUUUUUUUUUUGCUGCUGUUGUCGUUUUUGUUCGUUGUUUGUGUUCAUUUAGUACACCUUUACUGCGGGACAAAUUUAGUUAGCAAUGCACAUUCGUUUCGUUUUUAGGAGCUCCAGAUAUUCAUAACUGCUUGAAACCCGAUGAAAUGGACUGCUUUGCAAAGGUGUCGGGUAUGUAUUACAUAUAUUAGUUAAGACCAAGUGAACUUGGUCGAGUUCAAGUCCAGUUCUGCUUAUUCUUAAUGGAUAGGCAAAAUUGUAAGUUAACAUUACGUCAUCCGAUAGUCAUAUGAUAGUAAUGAAAUUGAAAGACUUAGAUUCCUCAUCGUUUUCGCCCUCUUAACGUAAAAAGUUGUAAUGAUGCUAAUGAUUUUAAUAUUUUGAGAAACUCAGACAUCCAUAGUUAUAACACUAGAAGAAGGGGAGGGGUAGGGUGGCAAGUCAGUCCCACAAUCGUAUAAAGAUCCUUUUAUUUUGUCUAGCAUCUUUAGAGGAAGACUCAUGUGGAUGUGAGGUUCCCUGCUCAAAGAUCACAUACGUCACUGAUGUGUCCUACUCCAAGUUUCCCAACCGUAUCACCGCUCAAAAGUUUAUUCAAGACGGUUAUUAUGAUGACAUUGAGUAUCAAAGGUAAAUACUCUUUCAAUUUAGCACUACAACAAGAAGUGUCAGAGGUAUUCCUGUUACUCUUAAGCAUUAACCUAUCUUUAAAAAUAUAGAUUUGCAGAUGUUAAAACCAGUCAUAAUAUAAUGAUUUCAUGAACUUCAUCGCAACAUAAAAAAAUUUACUUCCUAUCAUAACAUAACAACAUAGACACACCUCAGUUUAAUAUUUUUUUCCCUGUACAAGAACAAAGAAUAAAAAACAUAGACCACGUCAUCACAUGCACAUCUUCAUCCUUAUGUCAUUGAGGGACUUAUUAUAUGUGGUUUAUAGAUAUGAAGAUGAUGAAGAUCAAAAGAAGUUAAGUCCUUACGUUUUACUCAAAUAACGUUUAUUACUUUCAUUUUUUAGGGAUAACAUCGUGCUUUUGCAAGUUGGUUUUAAGUCGCUGAGCUAUGAGCUACAGGAGGAGCAGCCUGCGUACGACAGAAACUCCCUGUUUGGUAAAAUGAUUCGGUUGUUAAUUUUAUUGAGAAAUAUUAUUAUUAUUUAUUAGCCCAAUGUUGUGUAUGUGUUGCAGCGGUCUUGCGAAAACCAAAGCCAGGUAACAUAUUUAAUCUCAAUAGACCUAUGACAUUUUUUUUCAAAGUCACAUUAUAUUCAUUUUUACUUUGACAUUUUGAGUAAAAGGAUUCGACAGUAUUCAUAUGAUCACAUGACGUACGACCGCGCGCCGUAGGUCUCUAUCACGGUCCAACCAAUUGCAUCCUUAGGUAAAUUUACCACUGAGACAACCUACCAUAGUAAAAUGAUGAGAUGCUAUUGAUCUUUUAUUGACUGAUAUACGCCAAUUGACAGUUAUUUCCAUUAUUUUUUCCUUUCUUUUGUGUUGUAGGUGAGAUCGGGGGCAACAUGGGCUUAUUCUUGGGAUGCAGUUUGUUAACGAUAUUCGAGUUUCUCGACUUCCUUAUCUCCUUCGUAGCAACACUGAAAAGGCGUUAUUUGAUACAUGCGGCAUGA